UCUGUGCUCAGUUUUGCCGACAUAUUAGUUGGUACUGAUUUUUCGCAAAUUUUCCGGUCAUGUUUCAGAGUCCCAUGCAGUUUCAGAUGGUUAUGAAAGAAUGCUCUUCCUCGCCACCACAAUCAGCUCAAAAUUCCGAGGAACGUCGCGUACGUCGGCUCCGGACAGCUUUCUCUGAAAAUCAGCUGGAAUUGUUGGAAGAAGCUUUUCUGAAAUGUCAGUAUCCGGAUGUUCAGCAGCGAGAGACCCUGGGGAAGCAAACAGAGCUCGCCGAGGCCCGAAUUCAGGUUUGGUUCAAAAAUCGCAGAGCAAAAGCCCGUAAACGACAGCGAAACGAGAGUACCGAUAGCUGCAGUACUACUGAAGAAUCCAAUGAGGAAGGCGAUGCAGAUGGGUGUUUGAAGAAAAAAGCAAAGAAUGAAACGACAAUUAUUACCUGGACACCCGGAGCAGCUCUAUUCAACUCGUCGCUGAGCCCCACCACCACAUCGAUUCCGACAACUCCGGCUCCGCCACUGAACUUUAUCUGUCAUCAGAAUCCGUUUUAUGCAUACAACCCGUAUAGGAAUUUAAAUACCAUUCCUACACAUUUGCUGGCGGCCACGACGACGGCGGCAUCGAUAGGCAGUGCCAAAUUGGUGGCAAAUGUUGGAAGUAAUAUUAUUUCUUGAGUUGUGUUUUGUUUUUGUAAGUAUAUUAUUAAUUAGAAAUUGAAUUGGAAUAAUGAAUUUUAAUUUUUUAAA